CACAAAACAAAACAAAACAAAACCCAUCUUCUCUUCCUUCCUUAUUCUUUUUCUUUAUCAAAUUCAUAUCUAAUUAAUAAUGGCUGAUCAUGGAGGAGGCUCAGUUUCUGGGUCGUCAAGAUUUUGGUGUUCAAUUCCUGAGAAACUUCAACUCCAUGGCGCCAUGUUGGCCUUGCAAUUCGGCUAUGCUGGAUUUCACGUUGUCUCAAGAGCUGCCCUUAAUAUGGGCAUUAGUAAACUUGUGUUCCUUGUUUAUAGGAACAUCAUUGCCUUUUUCCUUCUCCUUCCCUUUGCCUAUUUCCUCGAAAAGAAGGAACGUCCUCCCAUUUCUUUCAAUUUUCUUCUUCAGUUCUUCCUUCUUGCCCUUGUUGGAAUCACGGCAAACCAAGGAUUCUACUUGCUAGGUUUGGAGAACACAUCACCGACGUUUGCUUCAGCAAUACAAAACUCGGUUCCGGCCAUAACAUUCCUCAUGGCUGCAUUACUCCGAAUAGAACAAGUGAGACUAAACAGAAAAGAUGGUAUAGCAAAAGUGCUGGGAACAAUAUGCUGUGUAGCUGGGGCCACAGUGAUCACUCUUUACAAAGGUCCAACAAUAUACAGCCCAACUCCUUCACUCCAAAUUACACCCAUCACCACCGCACCCAUUUUCGCUUCACUUGGGGACGCAACCGGGAAAAGCUGGACCCUUGGCUGCGUCUUUUUGAUCGGUCAUUGUUUGUCUUGGUCUGGAUGGCUUGUUUUGCAAGCACCCGUCUUGAAAAAAUACCCAGCUCGUCUCUCUGUCACUUCCUACACUUGUUUCUUUGGAAUAAUCCAAUUUGUCAUCAUCGCUGCCAUUGCCGAGCGUGAUGCUCAGGCUUGGCUCUUUCACUCUGGUGGUGAAAUUUUUAGCGUCCUGUAUGCGGGAGUGGUAGCGUCAGGAAUUGCUUUUGCUGUACAGAUAUGGUGUAUUCAAAGAGGUGGGCCGGUGUUCGUUGCGGUUUAUCAACCAGUUCAGACAUUGGUUGUCGCUGUCAUGGCUUCCUUCGCCUUGGGUGAACAGUUCUUCUUGGGAGGGAUCAUCGGAGCGGUAUUGAUCAUCGCCGGUUUAUACUUCGUUCUUUGGGGAAAAAGCGAAGAGAGAAAAUUUGCACUCGAGAAGGCUGCCAUCCUCUCUGCUCCCGACCACAGUGGUAACAAUCGAACACCUCCACACAUCAUCAAGCCCUCCUCCAUUACUCAGCCACUUCUCAUCCAUUCUUCAAACGACAACGUUUGACAUUCACCACACUCAUAAAUGUUUCAACUCUCACUUCUUCUUCUUCUUUCUUCUUUUUUACCUUUCCAAAAGAGAAAAAAAAAACAAAAACAAAAACAAAAACAAGGUUAUGUGUGUAUUAAGAUUUUCUUUUUCUUUUGGCCAUCUUUUGUUGACUUUGAUUUUUUUUCCUUCUUUUUUCUCAAUGGCUUUUGUUUAUUAGAGAUGGGUUGGGGAAAAGGGGAAUGGCUAAGGGGGGUUGAAAGAGAGAUUCAUAUGUGAAGAGGGAUGAACUUGUAUUGAUCAUCAAUGCCACUUUCAGUUUGUGUGGGCUCUAAA